AUGGUCUCUGCCAUCAUCUCCAAGAAAAGAAAGUUAGUUGCUGACGGUGUUUUUUUCGCCGAAUUGAAUGAAUUUUUCACUAGAGAAUUAGCUGAAGAGGGCUACUCCGGUUGUGAAGUUCGUGUUACUCCAACCAAGACUGAAAUUAUCAUCAGAGCCACCAGAAUUCAAGAAGUUUUGGGUGAAAAUGGUAGAAGAAUCAACGAAUUAACUUUGUUGGUUGAAAAGAGAUUUCAAUUCUCUAAGGGUGCCGUUGUCUUGUUUGCCGAAAAGGUUCAAGACAGAGGUUUGAGUGCUAUUGCUCAAGCCGAAUCCUUGAAAUUCAGAUUGUUGAACGGUUUAGCUAUUAGAAGAGCCGCCUACGGUGUUGUCAGAUAUGUUAUGGAAUCUGGUGCCAAAGGUUGUGAAGUUGUCAUCUCUGGUAAAUUAAGAGCUGCUAGAGCCAAAUCUAUGAAAUUUGCUGACGGUUUCUUGAUUCACUCUGGUCAACCUGUCAACGAUUUCAUUGAUACUGCUACCAGACACGUUUUGUUGAGACAAGGUGUUUUGGGUAUCAAAGUUAAGAUUAUGAGAGAUCCAUCCAAAAACAGACGUGGUCCAAGAGCUUUGCCAGAUGCUGUCGAUAUCGUUGAACCAAAGGAAGAAGAACCAAUCGAAGAAGCCACAGUUAAGGAUUACAGACCAACUGAGGAAGAAGCUGAUGAUUCUAAAAAUUUAGCUGAAGAAGCUCAACCAGAGGUUCAACAAGAAGCUGUCCAAGCUUAG